CCUGUUGACCUCGACCUCUUUGAUGGCGCUGCGUGUAUCACGUGCUUCAGCGCCAGAGCCGGUGAGAGCUUGGACAUUGCCGUCCGGUGUGCAUGUGUCCCUUCUUCGAGACGGAGAUGGAAAACACUUUGCACAAAGGUCUGUGACGGCUCACCUGGUGGGGCGACUGCCCAACGGUUGCAUCUUCGAAAGCACCGAGGGCAAAGGCGGAGAUCCCAUGGCGAUGGUGCUUUCGAAAGGGGCGGUGAUCCCAGGUAUGGACUUGGCCAUGCAGGAGCUCACUUUGGGCUCCAUAGCGGAGAUCCGGAUUCCAUCAGAGCUGGCCUAUGGAAAGAAAGGCAUUCCUCGCAUUGUACCACCUGACUGUGAGCUGAUUUUUGAAGUUCAUAUCCUGGAAGCCGAUGGCGUUCUGUGUGCCAAAGACCAGUGUGAUAGACUGCCACCUGCAGCUGUGCCGGAGAUCGGACCGAACGAUUUUCAUCAUCCCUGGUGGCUGGCCCGGGUAGAGUUACCAUCUCCGCCGCUGUACUAUUUGAAUUUCUGCGCUCAAACCGCCAAAGAACGAACGCCUGUUCUCUUGGAGAACGCUAGGUCGGUGGCGCGGCGUUCCUCCAGCGAGCUGACCAAUUUCGAUGUUGGAACUGCAGAGGAACCUUUCAUCAUUACCGAUGCGCAAAGUGAAUGGAGGGCACGUGGAGUUUGGAAUCUUCAGUGGUUUAAAGAUCAUUUGGGCGACAAACGGCAGCUGUUGAAAUGGCUUGGUCCUGUCUUUACACGCCAAGAAAGCCUAUGGGAAGCUCCCGUGUAUGAAACUUCCGUCAAGGACUAUAUCAACUACAUGGAGGAUCUUGAGAAGAAAGAUCCGGACUGUGAGGAGCACAACGCAGCCCAAUGCCCACGGCUUUACCUGAACGGAUGGCCAGCGUUUGCUCAGUUGCCAUGGCUUCGAGGGUAUGUCCUGCCAGAUGGUGCUACAACUCCAGCGGCAUCCAUGCAGGGUAUUGAGGAUCUGAAUUCCCUUUUGAUUCGAGAAUCCGAAGCUUUGCGAGAGUCUCUUCUGGAAGGGUUGACGGCAAGAGGAAGCUAUCAACCGCCAGACAAAGAAGAGCAAACGCAGAAGCUGGAGAAUGAGGACUGGGACCUCACUAAGAUCUUCAUGUCCCCAAAGGGCGCCAUCACUCGUUUACACUACGACAAUGGCGGUGCUCACGCUUGGCUCUCUCAAGUUCAAGGGAGAAAGAUGUUCGUUUGCUUCGCUCCAUCUGAUGGAGAGCACCUUCAUCCCUUUGAGGGUGACGAAGGUUUGCUGAAUGGUUCCUGGCUCGACCCGUUAGACCCGGAGGUCUUCAAGAAGUGGCCGGAUGCCAAAAAAGCCACGCCCUAUGUAGCUGUGGUGGAAGCUGGUGAGACCAUCGUUGCGCCCAAGGGCUGGUGGCACUACGCUGUGUCGCUAGACAGCUCUGUUACCAUCAUGCGGAACUUCUACAGUACCAGUAACCAGUGGGACUUAAUUCGCCGCAAAGACGGGGGCUUGGCCAAUGCGAUUGCAACACAUGUGUUGCGGAAGCAGCCCAAGCUCAAGAAUCAGCCCGACUCGGUGCCUGACUUUAUGAAUUGAUACAUGUUGAUACAUCAUAUGCAUCUGGAAGGCUCCAAAACGUCCGCUUCGCAGGACCCGGGCCGCCCAUCCUUCCAUCAACUUCUCCGUUCACUCCCCUCUCUGCUGAGGUCAUCAACGAGAUUGCCACAAAAACCGUGCUGAAGCUGCGCGAAACUUUUGUGGAGAAUCGGCAGAAGCUGGUGGCAGAAUGAUCGUCCAUGAGUUUCUGCAUCAAAGGGCCUGACACAGUCAUGGGAUUCAACUUUUACGCAUGCCCAACAAAU